CACCAGCUUCUUUUCUCACACACUUUCUUUUUUCUUUAAUUUUUUUUUCACUGUCACACGCAUUGCAUUUUGCUCCCUUCGAUUACUUCAACCAACAAAAAUACAACAGAGACUCAAACAUUCCUUCAGCUUCUUCGAUUUCCAUUUUCAGAUAUUCCCUUUGAUUCGUUCAGAUGAGAGAUCCUAAGAACGAUCCUAAACCUGUGAAACCCGCAGCUCAAUCCUCCCCUCUCAUUCUCGACAUCGAUGACUUCAAGGGCGAUUUUUCGUUCGAUGCGUUGUUUGGGAACCUAGUGAAUGAGCAGCUUCCGGCGUUCAGAUUGGAAGAUUUGGAAGCGGAAGAUUCUCUUCCGAAUGGCCAUGUUACCAACAAGUUUGUUGGUUCUCAGCAAGGGGCUUCCAGCCCUCUGUUUCCUGAGGUUGAGAAGCUCUUGUCGUUGUUCAAAGACUCUUGUAAGGAGCUCGUUGAGCUCCGCAAACAGAUUGAUGGGAGACUUCUCAAUCUUAAGAAAGAUGUUGCAGUUCAGGACAAUAAGCAUCGAAAGACACUUACCGAGCUAGAGAAAGGUGUAGAUGGACUGUUCGAGAGCUUUGCGAGGUUGGAUUCACGUAUUUCAAGUGUAGGCCAGACAGCUGCGAAGAUUGGAGAUCAUCUCCAGAGUGCGGAUUCUCAGCGUGAAACUGCCAGUCAAACAAUUGAGCUGAUCAAAUACUUGAUGGAGUUCAAUAGCAGCCCAGGUGAUCUGAUGGAGCUAUCACCUCUAUUUUCUGAUGACAGUCGUGUUGCUGAGGCUGCUUCAAUUGCCCAGAAAUUACGGACAUUUGCUGAGGAAGAUAUUGGUAGACUUUCAUCAGCCGUUGGAAAUGCAGCUGCUAGCAGAGGAUUAGAAGUUGCAGUUGCUAAUUUGCAGGACUAUUGCAAUGAAUUGGAGAAUAGAUUGAUUUCUCGGUUUGAUUCUGCAUCACAGAAAAGAGAAUUGACUACAAUGGCGGAAUGUGCCAAAAUUUUGUCUCAGUUCAAUAGGGGCACAAGUGCGAUGCAACAUUAUGUGGCAACACGUCCGAUGUUUAUUGAUGUGGAAGUAAUGAAUGCAGACACUAGGCUGGUUCUUGGUGACCAGGCUGUACAGGCUAGUCCUAGUGAUGUUGCUUCUGGGCUUUCGUCUUUGUAUAAAGAAAUCACAGAUACCGUUAGAAAAGAGGCAGCAACAAUAACUGCUGUAUUCCCUUCUCCAAGUGAAGUUAUGUCGAUUUUAGUUCAGCGAGUUUUAGAGCAGCGAAUCACAGCUCUUCUGGACAAACUCUUAAUGAAACCGUCUCUUGUGAAUUUACCUUCCAUGGGGGAAGGUGGGCUGCUAUUAUAUCUUAGAAUGCUGGCAGUGGCAUAUGAAAAGACUCGAGAACUUGCUACAGAUCUACGGACUGUGGGAUGUGGUGACUUGGAUGUCGAGGGUCUGACAGAGUCCCUGUUUUCUAGUCACAAAGAUGAAUAUCUUGAAUAUGAGCAGGCAGCUCUUAGACAAUUAUAUAAAGUGAAGAUGGAGGAAUUGCGAGCGGAAGGCCAGAUUUCUGAUUCAUCUGGGUCACUUGGACGCUCAAAAGGAGCAUCAGUGGCUGCUGCUUCAUCUCAGCAACAAAUAUCUGUCACUGUUGUGACAGAGUUUGUCCGUUGGAAUGAAGAAGCCAUAUCAAGAUGCAAUCUCUUCUGUUCCCAGCCUGCCACACUUGCAACCCAUGUUAAAGCCGUGUUUACAUGUUUACUAGAUCAAGUCAGUCAAUAUAUUGCGGAUGGGCUUGAACGAGCUAGAGACAGCCUGACUGAGGCAGCUAAUUUAAGGGAAAGAUUUGUGCUGGGUACAAGUGUGAGCCGUAGAGUGGCUGCUGCAGCUGCAUCUGCUGCUGAGGCUGCCGCUGAAUUGAUUGCUUAUCUACUGCAGUAUUUUGCAAAUUCUAUAUCCCGGCUUCUGCUUCCCGUGGAUGGUGCACAUGCUGCUUCUUGUGAAGAAAUGGCAACAGCAAUGUCCAGUGCAGAGGCUGCUGCUUACAAAGGACUACAACAGUGCAUUGAAACUGUCAUGGCUGAGGUGGAGCGAUUACUCUCAGCUGAGCAAAAGGCAACAGACUAUCGAACAUCUGAUGAUAAUCUGGUUCCUGAUCACCGGGCAACCAAUGCCUGCACAAGGGUUGUGGCUUAUCUUUCUCGUGUGCUGGAGUCUGCAUUCACAGCUCUAGAAGGUCUUAACAAGCAAGCUUUCCUGACUGAGUUGUAUCUGCAAUUUCUCAUUUGGCACUCCAACUGUACUUUAGGAUCUUCAUUUUUGUCCCUAAAAUUUUUUUUGGGAUCAUUCUCAUUGUUGUUUGUCCAACUUUCUAGUGGGGGAUUGCGACUGAAGCGCGACAUCACUGAUUAUGGAGAUUUUGUGCGUAGUUUCAAUGCUCCUUCUGUUGAUGAGAAAUUUGAGUUGUUGGGGAUCAUGGCCAAUGUCUUUAUUGUUGCUCCGGAGAGUCUUGCAAGUUUGUUUGAGGGUACACCUAGCAUUCGCAAGGAUGCACAAAGAUUUGUUCAGCUUAGGGACGAUUACAAGAGUGCUAAACUUGCAGCCAAACUCAGUUCCUUGUGGAAUUAAUGAACAUGGUCUUGUGAACUUUAAACCCCUCUCGAACAUGGUGGAGUUGAUAUGCCGUGGUUCUGCCAUGAGCUGACCCAAUUAAACAGUUUGUUACCAUACGAAAACCUAGGAGGCCAUUUUAAUCGGCGGUUUUAGUAGAGCUUAGUUAUUCCCUCUGGUAUUUGGAGGCAUGACUAGGAAGGAAGACAGUUUGUGUAGUUUUAAUUUUUCUUAUGUCUUUUUUAUUGGAGUGUCCAUUUCUAGUUUUGAAUUCUGUGUGUAAAAUGUUAAUAUUUUAAUUUUCCAUGUAAAUCAAAAUUUUACCGAGUUGUUAGAUUGGUGUAAUUGCUUAGACCGAAAAUAUUGUCAAUACAUCAUCUCAGUGUGUAAAUUAGUUUUAACAA